AUGUCCAAGAUUCUGGCCCUCGGGUGCUUCUGCUUCACCAGCUGUGACAGUGUUGGUGCCGAGGAUAGGCACUUGGACGGGACCAUAUCGCAUCAGUCCAGCAUUGUGUAG